AUGAAGUCAAUUGAUAUUUUUAAGCCUUUGAAGGGGAAAACUGCAAUUAUCUCAGGCUCUUCUAGUGGAAUUGGAGCAGCAAUUGCUUUGGAAUUAGCAAUCAGGGGUGCUAAUAUAGUUAUUAACUAUCCCUAUCCACAAUUCAAAGAAGAAGCCCAAAAUACUUUAACUAGUAUCUUACGUGAAACUAAUGGAAUUGAAGGGAUAAUCGUAGAAGCAGAUAUUGGCACUAUUGAUGGCCCUAAAAACUUAAUUGAACAGACAGUCUCCAAAUUUGGAAAAAUUCAUAUCUUGGUUAACAAUGCAGCGUUAGCAAUCAAUAAACCACUCAGGGAUCAUAAUUUGAAGGAUUGGGACAUAUUGGUUAAUCUAAAUGGAAGAGGAACAUUCUUACUCACACAAAAUGCUUUGCCACAUUUAGCAAACCCUUCAAGGAUAGUUAAUAUUUGUUCAGCUUCUUCAAGGGGUUCACCUCCUUUGCAAAGCAUUUACGCAGGAACUAAAGGUAUGGUUGAUUCUUUUACCAAAGUUUGGGCAAAAGAAUUGCCCAAAGAGUAUGGUUGUACUGUAAAUUCGGUCUCGCCGGGACCAACGAAAACUAAAGGUUUUGAGGCAGCCGGAGAAGAAGCAAUGAUGGUAUUACAGCCAACUAUCGAUAAAACACCAGUGGCUGCUAGAAUGGGAAAUCCUGCUGAAAUAGCUUAUGCUGUUGCGUCUCUUGCUGAUGAUAAAGCUUGUUGGAUAAAUGGAGUUCACUUACACGUUAAUGGCGGACUUUAUAUAGAGUAG